ACGCGUAAAAGCCUGAGGGAGAGAGUCGUGAGAAAGCGUUGGAUGCUGAAGAAAUCCCCAGUGGAUUUCGAGGUAAUGGCAUGGCCUUCGCUUUCCCCUCCUUGAAAUCCUCCUCUCUUUCCCUCUCACUUGUUCUCAUCUUUCUCUUCUUCCUCCUCAACCCUCCCUUUCCUUCUCCCUCUAUCCGCAGGUCACUUCUUAUCUCUAAUUCCACCACUCCCACUUCCUCCUGCUUCUCCACUGGAUCCCACUCCAAUGGCCUCAUCGACUACUUCUCCAUCCAUCAUUGCCUUUUCCAACAUAACUCCUUCCAUUCCAUCCCUUUUCUUUCUCUAUUCCUCCUUUUACAUUUCUAUAUCCUCGUCAAAACUGCCCAAGAUCAUUUCUCUAUCGUCACCACCAAGCUCGCACUUCACCUCAACUUGUCUCCCAGCAUGGGCGCUGUAACCCUCUUAGCUUUGGGUAAUGGCGCACCCGAUGUUUUCGCUUCCGUCGCUGCUCUUCGUGGCGGUCAGUACCGAACUGGGCUGGCUGCGAUUCUUUCUGCCGGAACCUUCGUCUCGGCUUUUGUAGUUGGGUUCGUGGCAGUUUACGCCGCACCCUUUUCUGUUGAUCCCGCUCCCUUUGUGAGGGAUGUCUUAUUUUACUUGAUCUCCGUCAUGUUCCUCUUCUAUGUCUACCUUAGUGCUGAGAUUUCUCUAUGGCAAGCUGUUGGCUUUGUGGGUUUUUAUUUGUUCUUCGUUGGUUUUGUGUUUUACAUGGAUUUGGGAUUGGGAAGUCGUAGGGAUAAGGGUGGGAGUGUGGGGAGUUUCGGUGGAGAUCUAGAGGGACAAAAGGAACCAAUUACAGCCAGCUGCGACGUCAAAGUUUCAGGAAGUCUACAGGAAAAGAAACGCGUUUCCAGAAUUCGUCGCAGUUUUGAAACGAUUUCAGUUACAUGGGAUCGUCCAGUCUCAAUUCUCCUAAAAUUGACAAUACCUCAAUCUGGACCAGCAGAAUGGAGCAGAUUUUAUGCAUCAGCUAAUAUUGCUCUUUGUCCCCUAGCCAUUUUGUAUUCCUGCAACUCAUUGGUUUCAUUUAGUUACCCAAUAGUUUUCCUCCUUCCCAACACUCAUUUCCCCCUCUGGUUGGUAGUGUUCAUGGCAAGCUGCUCUCUUGCGCUUCUUCACUAUAUAAUUGAAAAAGAACCCCCAAAGGCGGAGGAAAUUCCUGUAGUGCUUUUAGCAUUCGUUAUGAGUGUGUUUUGGAUAUCUACUGUGGCCGGAGAACUGCUGAACUGCCUUGAAGCAUUAGGAACGCUUCUCAAACUGCCACCCGCACUGCUUGGUUUUACAGUAUUGGCAUGGGGAAAUUCAGUGGGGGAUCUUGUUGCUGAUGUUGCAGUUGCCAAAGCUGGCCAUCCAGCAAUGGCAAUGGCUGGGUGCUUUGCUGGGCCAAUGUUCAACAUGCUUGUGGGGCUUGGGACUGCACUGGUGAUGCAGACUGCCAAACUUUAUCCCAGUGCUUAUGUGCUUAAAUUUCACAUGGGUAUUGUUAUAGCAUUUGCAUUCCUGCUUUUGAGCCUUAUGGGGUCUCUCCUAGUGAUCACUUGGUGCAGAUUUCGAGUUCCUAGGUUUUGGGGAUUCUGUCUGGUUGGACUGUAUGUUGCUUUUACGGCAGUGAGCGUGGUGGUAGCCAUGUUUUGAGGGCGAUCGGUCUUGGGAGGCGGAUUUAAUUUCAAUUGUUAUAUUGAUGCUUAAGCUUAACCAAUAAGCCAGCCACCUCUACAUUUGCUGGUGCGGUCGCUUGGCUCUCCGCAGUGGGGCAUUGUAAUUGUUAGAGAAAGAACACUUUAGCAAAAGGGCAUAGCAAAAUUGAUGAUAGCCAUAUGGAUGACGUUAUUAUUCCUUCCUUUCAGUUCAAUCUCCCGGCGUCUGCAAGAUUAUGUGGUUUAAUUGUAACGAGUAGAAGUCAGUGUAGCAUCGCCGUUCGUCUGAAACGCCCCAGUGAAUAGUCAUUUAGGCAUUAGGGCUAUACUAGCUCAGAUGGGGCUAACAUGUUUUUGUAAUCUUUCUUCGACGGUCACUACCCCCUUGUAAAAAUGCACAAUUUUUCUUUAUAUGCUUGCUGGGAAACGAAUUGAUCUGGAA